CUUGUAGUGUUAAGUGAGUCGCUGGUGCGUGAGUGUUACACAAGGCGGAGCUGGGCAGUGUUGCUGUAACAGCUGAUUGUGGCACAAGCUGUUUACGCCCACAAGUUUAUGACAGCAGUCACGGAAAGAGAGUGGCAACAUGUCUGCUGAUGUGGCAGAAGAACUGGUCUUUCACUGUACUGAUGAUCGGUUCUUUUUAGAGCCGGUGAACUCCAAGCAACUCUUGGUAAUUGAUCGGAUAAGCCAUGAAAUCACACUUGAGGAAAAUAAUGGUCAGAUCCCCUUCAGUGCUUCAAGGAAGACUGUGUAUGGGGUGGUUGGAAUUAUUCAUCUGGUAGCUGGACCAUAUCUAAUUUUAAUUACUAAGAGGGUGAAAGUUGGAACUUUAAAUAAACAAACAAUAUGGCGUCUUGCAGAUACUCAGAUUGUACCCUAUGCCAGGUCAACCGCCUCACUAACUGCUGAACAAAAAGUAUACAAUGACAAGUAUUUAGCUAUGGUUCAGCAAGUUUUGUCAACUCCAUAUUUUUAUUUCUCAUACACAUAUGAUUUAACACAUACUCUACAGAGACUUUAUUACACAGCAGAAGAUUUCUUGCAGAUGGCAUUGCAUGAGCGUGCUGAUGUAAGAUUUGUUUGGAACCAGCACUUGCUCAGAGACCUGUGUGUUCAGCCAGAAAUAAGUGCAUUCUGCCUCCCUCUGGUUCAUGGCUUCAUUUCCAUUAAGCCGUGCAGCAUCAAUGGAGAGUGGUUUACAUGGACACUGAUAUCUCGUCGAAGUGUAUACCGUGCAGGAACACGUAUGUGGAUGAGAGGCAUUGAUUAUGAAGGUACUGUUGCCAAUUAUGUUGAAACUGAACAGAUAAUUGAGUUUAGAGAUUUCAGGUCAUCAUUUGUACAGAUACGUGGGUCAAUUCCCCUUCAUUGGACUCAAGAGCCUAACCUUAGAUACAAACCUAGCCCUGUAAUUAGUAAUUCCAACCAUGAAGAGGCUUUUACACGGCACUUUGAAUCUCAAGUACUGUGCUAUGGAAAGCAAGUUGCAAUAAACCUAAUAGAUCAAAAAGGGAUUGAAGGUAAGCUGCAUGAAGCAUUUAAGCAUUUGAUUACAACUAGUAUCAGGCAGAUGAUAAGAGACAAUGUUAAAUAUGAAUAUUUUGACUUUCAUCAUGAAUGUCGUAAAAUGCGCUGGGAACGUCUAAGCUUCCUAAUGGAUCGUGUGGAACCCGAUAGAGAAGCCAUGGGUUAUUUCUUAUUUCGAGAUGGAGUAGUUCUUUUGGAACAAGAGGGUGUUUUUCGCACCAACUGUAUAGAUUGCUUAGAUCGUACUAAUGUGGUACAGUCCAUGCUAGCCAGAAAGCAGCUGCAAUCUGUCUUAACUCGAAUGGGAAUUCUCAGUGAAAAUCAGAAAAUAGAGGAUCAGUUCUCAUUUGAAAUUGCUUUUAAGAGUGUUUGGGCGGAUAAUGCUGAUUUUUUAAGCAUUCAGUAUUCAGGGACUGGUGCAUUAAAGACAGAUUUCACUCGCACUGGAAAGAGAACUCAUAUGGGUCUUCUGAAAGAUGGAUGGAAUAGUGCCAUUCGAUACAUAAAGAACAAUUUCUUUGAUGGUGAUAGACAAGAUGCUGUGGAUCUCUUCCUUGGCAAAUAUCAAGUAGAGUCAGGUGAGGGUGCGUCACGUCCCUGCCCACUGAAGGAAAACAGAGACCCUAGAUUGCUGUUCCUACCAGGGGCAGUUUUUAUUUCUCUACUGAUGGUGUUUGCAUGUAUUUUGCUACCCUCUGAUUAUACAUCAUUUACACUCUUAUCCCUUCUCUUCUGGGCAGCCAUGACUGUGGUUGCUGCGAUUGCUACACUCAUGCAAGGCCGGCAGCUUGUUAAUGCACCACGCUUGAGUUUAUCUACACUCAAAAACCUCACAGCUCCCCCUAGAGUUGGGUAGAUAUUCAUGGUUGAUGUGCAAAUGUAGCUAGUCUUAUCUUCAUACGAUCAGUAGUGUGUAUGCAUGUGUGCUUGAGUGCAUGCAUUUAAUCAUGUUUGUACUGGGUAUGGUCAUGUGUUCAUGUGUGCCUACUGGGUAUGUUCAUGUGUGUGUGUGUACCCAGAAAUUGUUAUGUGUCUGGCUAUAUAUUUCAUGCAUACACACAAUGCACAUUUGCUUAUGGACACGUACAAAUUUGGCUUUGCAUUUCGUGAAUGGUACAGUAUAUAAUUUUGAACAGUAAUCAUAAAUUAUGAAUCUAGCGUGUCAGUAUUUAAUGGAAUCGGGAAAAAAUUGGUCAUGCUAUGAAAGGUUUUGAAUAUUGAAGUGGCAUACUUUUUGAUGAAAUGCAUUUUUUGCUAUACAUUACUGCAAAGGACCAUCCACUAAAUAUAUAAUAGUGUAAUUGAGGCUUUAUUUUCUAGUGUAACAAAUGUACACAUAUGAGCCUGCUUGAAUGUUUGAGAAAGACCAUUGCCUUGUUAUCUAUUGUUCCAAAGGAGCUACAAAUGCUAAGAUUUAGGGGUGCCAUGAGUAAUCUAAUAUUUUGGGAUUAUUGACUUAUAACCACUUUGUGCAUGACCUUUUUUGUGUUGAUUGUCAUUGUUUGAAGAUAAAAUAUUAUACAGAAUUUCAGGGCUUGAUUAGGUUUAGUGACUGAAAGGGUAAUGCUGUAGAAGGUUACCAUAGGAGAAAUGUAUAUUGUCAGUAAUAUAUAGCUCAUCUGACUUAGGAAAUGAAACUUUACAUGAUGGUGAGUGAUAGCAUAGCUACAUGGUGACUGAAUUGUAAUAAUUUCAAAUGUCAAUGAAGGAUCUCCAAUUUAUGGUAAUGAAAUUUGUAAGUAUACUAUGAUUUAGUGGUUUUAAUGCACUGAUGUUUUUAUUCUUUAAAGUGCAUUAUACAAUAUUUUAAAUUUCUUGUUACAUUUAGAAUUCUCUUACUGGGUACAAGCAAUGCUAAUUAUUUUAACUAGCCAUGUUGUUGAAUACAGCAUAUUAUAUUGUACCAUCAUUCAUGACAUCAUUAACUUGAUGUGGUGUAUGAAUUCUGCAUUUUAAUAGUUCAAUAAGCCUUGAGUGAAAACGAAAAAAUAAUAAUUGUAAGUGGUUAUUGUAUAAUGGUUUUCAAGAAAGUUACUGUUGUAAAUGAAUGAUGGUUCUCAGCAACACACAGUCAUUCCAACAUUCAAACAAAUAUCAAAUAAUAUAACAACAGAAAAUAGUUUUUAGGAUAAGUAUAUUGCAAUGUCUUGUUAGCACUUUUUUCUGUCCAUUUUGUGAAGCACUACACACAUGAUUUUCUGCUGAUUAUUAUUGUAUUAUGAAUUAUUUUGCAAAUUAAAAAGUUCAGUAUUUUAAUUUUUUUUUUAUUUUAGGGCCACUGAAUACAAAUUAAUAUAUUAAGAUUAUAUGUAAACUAGUAUGUCUUAAAUAACCAGCCUGUUUUGGUUUAUAUGAGAAGCUUAUUCUACUAGAACAAUUUACAACAGUAUUGUUCCAUUAUUUAAUGCUCUGUCUUACCAUAGUUGAAGACUUUUUUUUAUCUAUUAGCAAAUUCUUUGAAUGAUAAGAAACCUGUGGUACUAGUUCUUGAUGAGUUAAUAGUGAACUGUUGACACAGUAUACUCUUAUGUUAAACAGUCUCUCUAAGUUCCGAGGAAAGAGAGAGAGAGAGAGGGAGAGCACAGAUUUUAUAUUAAUAUGUAAAGGACUUGUAUUUUUUACACUACCACUUGUCAUGUAUGGUCAUAUAUUCCUCAAUGAAAGUAAUUCUUGCAGUAUGUAGUCUUAGCAUGUUAAGAGGGAUCACCUUGACGUAUGCAAUAGCUUGGCGCUCAUCAGUCUUGUCAUGUGCUUGCAUUUCAGUACUCUUGCAAUUUUGAAAGACUUCAUUUUAAGGUGUGUAUGUGCACCAAAGAGAAAGAGAGAGAGAGCAGUAUAUAUAUUGUAUACUGUAUAUACUGUACUGCACACAAAAAUAUGCAUACAUACGAGCAGUAUAUGUAUUGUAUGCAAGUGCUGAAUAGGAAAUUACACUAACAAUCUGAAUUUUAUAAAAAAAGAUAGGAUUUGUCAAUUGAUUGUUUAAUUAACAAAAUGUAAUUAUUUCUAAAUACUGUAUAAACUAACUUAGCAAAUUGACAUGUCAGUUUUAUCAUUACUGUACUGUACUGCCCACAAUAGGUAAAAUUAGGCCUAAGUUGAAAAUUCAUGUAGUAAAUAUAUACUAUACUGUACAGUAUUAACAUUAUUAAAGGGGUAAGUAAUUAAAAAAACUUAUUUGAAAAUACAGUAUACAAUAUUGCUCUAGGUGUGUUAGGCAAAAAGGUCUAUGCUAACUAGGCCUAAUCAUGCAGUUCUGGUUAUUAGUUACAACAUAGAUUGUAUAUAAAUAAAUGGAAAAAAUGAAUUUUACACACACGCACGUUCUUCACCCUUCCCCCCAAAAAAAGCUAAUAAAAACUCAGCCUACCCACCCAUAUUCUGACACCUCUCUCAUUCCCUAUCCCCUAUCUACCUAGAUACUGUAAGUAUACAGUAUUCUCAGAGGUACUGUUCCACAAUUGUGUACAAUAUAAUUGCAUUCAGAGUCAUAUUUCAAUAUGCUGAAACUUUUUAGCAGUGUAAGUCAAAAUUGCUGAAAAAUCAGGUCAUUGCUCUCUGAAAAUUAUUAAUUUUAUUUUUGUUGAAAACAGCUCAAUAUGCUAAGAACUUCAUAUUAUGUAAAUCUAUAUAACAGAUUUUGAUUAUUCACUUAAGAUGUUUAAAAGCUUGCAAUGUAAGUAGACAAUAUUGUAAUAAUGCACUGAAUGUGUAUUUCCUCUCUGCCAUGUGAUUUAAAGUUUAGCAAACCUUUGCUUAUUGUUUGUGGAUGUUUUUUAUUGACCAAGGUGCACAUUUUGAGAGGAAAAAAAGCCCAAAGGCUGAGCUUUGGCUCAGGGAGUGGUAUUUUGGUUUGCAAAAAGCCUAUAUGUGCCUUUUCAGAUUAUGUAUAAACAUUGCAUUUAAAUGCACACUGACGUGCUUGUGGUAUUUUAUAACAAUCUUUGUAAUGCUGUCUUACUUUGCAUGCAGUAUAUUAACACAUUGCAAGAGGUGAAUGGAGACUGAAAAGAUCGUAGACUGUAUAGGCAGCUGACCCUGUGUUUACCAACAUUCCUCUACUCUGAUAAUUGAUGCAAUAAAGUCUAAAAUGAAACAAGUUGUUGAGUAAAGCUAAAUAAGGUAUCAUCUUCAUCUGAGCACAAAAGCAGUAAAGUUUUUUUUAUAUAGUAAAGUUAUUAUAAAUGUAUUAUUAUUUAUUUCCAAAAGUUGCUGGUUGGGGGUCUAAUCUAACAAAGUGUUAGAUUUCAAUACUGUAUAUUUACUAUAGAUGCUAUAUUAUGUUCAGAAAUAUUGAUAUUGUCACCAAUAUUCAGGUUCAUUGAAGCUGCUUGGGAUUUUGUGCAGCGUAUCAGUGUUUUGCUUUUCCUGAAAUAGUGAUAGUCUUACACAACUUUCAUCUUAUCUCAGAAUUACUCUUCUAUGAGGAUACAUUCAUCUUAUCUUAGAAUUACUCUUCUAUGAGAUACAGUACAUUCAUCUAAUCUCAGAAUUACUCUUCUAUGAGGAUAAAAUAAUUGGUUUUACCAAACUAGUAAUUUCCAACUGUUUUGGUUUAACCACAUGUUACAUGUUUAUUUUUUGGGUUAUCAGACACUAAUAAAAGAGAAUUUAAAUAUU